AAGCCAAUUGGGACCGAGCAUGAGCGGUGGCGGAGCGACGAUGAACGUCGGGGACGUGGACGUCGGGACGCUGGACGCGUGGUGCGAGAAGCUUCUCACGUGCCAGCCGCUGACGGAGCCCGAGGUCAUGCGCCUCUGUGCGCGGGCGCGCGAAGUCCUGCGCAAUGAGUCCAAUGUGCAGCCCGUGCGCUGCCCCGUGACGGUCUGCGGCGAUGUGCAUGGCCAGUUCCACGACCUCAUGGAGCUCUUCCGCAUUGGCGGCCACGCGCCGGACACCAACUACCUCUUCAUGGGCGACUACGUGGACCGCGGCUACUACUCGGUCGAGACCGUCACGCUCCUCGUCGCGCUCAAGGUGCGCUACAAGGACCGCAUCUUCAUCUUGCGCGGCAACCACGAGUCGCGCCAGAUCACACAAGUCUACGGCUUUUACGACGAGUGUCUCCGCAAGUAUGGCACGCCCAACGUGUGGCGGCAGUUCACCGACGUCUUCGACUACCUCCCACUCACGGCCGUCGUCGAGAACCAGAUCUUUUGCUUGCACGGUGGCUUGUCGCCAUCGAUCGACACGCUCGAUCACAUUCGUGCGUUGGACCGUGUCCAGGAAGUGCCACACGAGGGCCCCAUGUGCGACCUGCUCUGGUCGGACCCCGACGACCGGUCGGGCUGGGGCAUCUCGCCGCGUGGCGCGGGCUACACCUUUGGCCAAGACAUUUCAGAUCAGUUCAACCACGCCAACGGCCUUACGCUUGUGUCGCGUGCCCAUCAGCUCGUCAUGGAGGGCUACAACUGGUCGCACAAGAUGAACGUCGUCACGAUCUUUAGCGCGCCCAACUACUGCUACCGCUGCGGCAACGAAGCCGCGAUCAUGGAGAUUGACGAGCAGAUGAAAUACACCUUCUUGCAAUUCGACCCGGCGCCGCGACGUGGCGAGCCCCAUGUGAGCCGCCGGACGCCCGACUACUUUCUAUAGGUCUCUGCAAGACACCCGUCGUAAUACGCCCGUGAAUACCUCUCUUCAAACCUCUCUACCUCGU